AUGAGUAGAAACAAUCUCAGUUUCGAAGAGCGGAUGCGCUACGAAAUGCGCAACCUCGACUACUCCUCAUUCACAGCUGAGGAGAUCGAGGUGGCGUAUACUCUGGCUGAAAUUUGUAUAGGGCCAGGCAAAUGUACUAUGGUACUAGUGUAGAACAAGGGUCCCCUUAAAAAAAAGGGUGGCCUCUGGAAAAUAAGUGUUCCUGGUCGGACUACUUGAGAAUAUAGAUGAUAAAGACCGCUCUAAACUAGUCUCAGAAGUGUCUUUGGCGGCCCUGGAAGUGAUUUCCUGACGAAUGUCUAAGAGAAUGUGAUAAUCAGCUGAAUUUCAGCAUCAACUCAUGUAAGAAAAUGGAAAUCAUAGAUUGUAUCAAGCUUCUUCUUCUGCUCAACAGAACGACAAUACACAGUCUUGUUUUUAAAUUUUUUUCUUUUUUUUUCCGUUUUUUCAGUGGACGUUUGAAACUUGUCGAAAUAACACGCGGUCUCGAAGCGAACGCGAGUACGGUAGCAGUCGUUUGAACUGUUCGCACCCCGGUUUUCCCGCAAAUUUCUGCCGACAUUGAACUGCAAAAUCCGCGAGAUUUGUGGGUUUUUUUUUUGCAAACAUCUGAAAAUGUGUAGGAAUAGAGGGAGGCGCUCAUUUGGAAAGCACACGUCAACCUUUCUCGAAAGGAACAUUUUUGACUUUUUCUUUGACUUCAACACUAUUUUUUCUGGUAGAGAGUGUCUGUUAGCUUCAAGAACAUUCAAUUUACCCAUUUUCUAAGGAUCCCCCGCUCUAGCCUAUCCACGUCAACGAUAUAGAAAAGAAAAACGGAGGCCGGGGGAUGCGCGUGUCCUCCUAUUGCGUACUGUCAUCUGUGUGCGCAACAGGGCAAUCUACAUGCUCUUAGAAAAUUGCGCAACGAAAGUCGGACGAGCUCGAGCAGAAAUUAGCAAAACUUAAUUUGCAGUAUCAUCAACUCAUUUUUCAUCAGACCCCCCAAGGUCGAGCCGUCGGACGAUUUCCGGGGCCAGCGAGCCGGAGAGUGAUUCUCUCAAACUUUUCUGUAUACUUUCAAAAUUGAUAUUGGAUUUAAAAAUUUACGAAUUUUUUGUGAAAAGUCAAUGUUGUUCUUGCCGUUUUCCGUAUUUUCGGAUCACAUAUCGAUUUUUUUCAAAAGCAGGCAUCUGUUUGAUGUUCCGCCCCCCUCUCUCUUUCUCUCGCUCUUCCUCUCUCGCCUUUCGUCAUCUGUAUGGCGCCAAAGUUGACGCACUAUUGCGGAUGGAACAGUGCAAGCACACUACUUCUCCCGCCAUUUUUAAACCAAAAUUCAAAACUGUGAUCCUCUCACUCUGUUAUACAACGCCUUAAAGGCUCUUUAAUUGUUGAAAACCAGUUUUUUCCGAUUGACUUCUUUAUUGUCGAUUUUAAAUUGAAAACUACAGUAUUUUUAGUGACCAUAUCCCCUCUGUCACGUUUUCCGCAAGUUUCUGUCAUUUCCUUCGUUUCUUCUCAUCCAGCAGCAAUCAAUUUACACCUUCCGCUCAUUUGCCAGACGGUUUCCUCAUUUUUCAGCGAAAAAAAGAUGAGGAGCCCCCCACCCUCUAUAAUCCUUUCCUGUAGCUUUACAUCUUGCUUUUUCGAACUGUGCAGUCAUUUUUUUCAGGUAAUUAAUGAGUAGAAACAAUCUCAGUUUCGAAGAGCGGAUGCGCUACGAAAUGCGCAACCUCGACUACUCCCUCAUUCACAGCUGAGGAGAUCGAGGUGGCGCAUACUCUGGCUAAUAUGCAAUUAAUACACGAUGCCCGUCUACGUAAUCUGCUUCCGCCACCUCCGCGAGGCCCGCAUCCUCGUCGACGUGUGCCACCGCCGCCGCCGCCACCGCCGCCAGCCGCAUCUGCUUCUGCAUCUCAGGGAUCGACAAAGAAGAAGAAGAAACCGAAGAAGGUGAGUGUUGUGUAGCUCAUUCAGAAUAUAAACAAACAUUUUUCAGGGUAAAAAGGAGGAGAAUGGCGGAGCUGGGCCGGCGCCCCUCCACAACUCCAAGAUAAUGUGAACAGCAGCACCAGCCAGGCGGGCCCGGCACCACCACCAGCCGCAGUCCCACUUGCUGCUUCUUCCGCGUCGUCUCCAACUGGACCUGAGGAGCCGAAGAAGAAGAAACCGAAGAUGGUGGGUGUUGUGUAGCUCAAUCAGACUAUUAACUAAAAUUGUCAGGCAAGCCAGGAAAGCGAUUGUGGAGCUGGGCCGGCGCCCCCUCCACAACUCCAAGAUAAUGCGAACGGCAACACCGCCAACCGCUCGUUUGAUGAAGAAUAA